UAGGUACAAGCAUAAAUGGCUCCUGGUGUCUCAAAUGAGAAGAAAGCUGAUGAUGAACAGUCUUCAAAAGAGAAUUAUAUCUGUCUCUGCAACCCUCACCUGGAGAAAAUGAAAGAAGACAUCCUGUACCAUUUUGCUCUUGGGACUGGUACCCAUGAUUUUCCAGCAUUGUUUGGAGAUGUUAAGUUUGUAUGUGUUGGAGGAAGUCCUUCACGGAUGAAAGCUUUUAUCACCUACAUAGCUGAAGAACUGGGGCUUGGGAGCCCUGGCUGUGACUUUCCCAACAUCUGUGCUGGAACGGACCGUUACGCAAUGUACAAAGUGGGGCCUGUUUUGUCAGUCAGUCACGGUAUGGGCAUUCCUUCUAUUUCAAUCAUGUUGCACGAGCUGAUCAAACUGUUGUAUCAUGCCAAGUGUUCCAACAUAACCAUUAUUCGCAUUGGCACCUCUGGUGGAAUAGGUCUGGAGCCAGGCUCUGUGGUUAUAACUAGGCAGUCUGUAGAUGCCACCUUCAAACCUCAGUUUGAACAGGUUGUUCUGGGAAAGACUGUAAUUCGCAGUACAAACCUAGAUGAACAGCUCACUAAGGAGCUGAUGCAGUGCAGUAAUGAAAUCGGUCAAUUCAAUACAGUCAUUGGGAACACUAUGUGCACUCUGGAUUUCUAUGAAGGACAGGGCAGGUUGGAUGGUGCAAUCUGCUUAUAUACUGAAGAAGAGAAACUGCAAUAUUUGAAGGAAGCUUAUGAUUCUGGUGUCAGAAACAUAGAGAUGGAGUCUUCUGUAUUUGCUGCAAUGUGUAAUCUCAGCGGUGUCAGAGCUGCUGUAGUGUGUGUCACUCUUCUGAAUCGGCUUGAAGGGGAUCAGAUUAGUAGCUCACAUGAUGUACUUGUGGAGUAUCAGCAGAGGCCACAGAAGUUAGUGGGAUAUUUCAUUAAGAAAAGUCUUGGGAAAGUAUGAAAUACCCAUCUUU